UUCAAAAAUUCCGUUCGUCUAAUUUCCUCGUCUUUUUCUAAUCGCUGUUUGAACUCUACCUUCUUAAGUAGUGAAGUGAAGAAAUAUAAAUAGCCUAUACCGGUGUUAAUCCCCCACUCGGCGUGGGACACUUGCUGCUGGCUCGUGCUCACCGCUGGCCCACGUUCCUGUGAUCACGAUCCUCUGGUGACGUCACGGUCUCUACCAUAUUUAUUCAUGCCGGGCAAGAUGGCGGCGAUACGGACGAGCUGUUAUUGGCAGUGGACAUAAAAAGGAAUUUUAUUCAAAAAACAGCACCAAGUCCCAUACCUUUUUUUUUAUACUCUUCCGGUUUUUGUGUGUUAUUCGUGUUACCAUCGUGCACGUCAUUUGUUUAUCAUUUAACGCGUUUUUAACGUUUUUGUGUGGGAAAAUGUGGAGGUUGUAGCUCGCUGGUUCACCGAGCAGCUGGCUAACAGAGAGCAGUCAAUAGCCUGCUAGCUGCUGUCCAUCACAGGCGAGCCGCCGUCAGUGGAGGAUGGGAGAAAAGCUAGAGCUCAAGCUCAAAUCGCCGGUUGGAGCAGAACCCGCUGGCUACCCGUGGCCGUUACCCGUAUACGACAAACAUCAUGAUGCUGCACAUGAAAUCAUUGAGACCAUUCGGUGGGUGUGUGAGGAGAUUCCAGACCUCAAGCUGGCAAUGGAAAACUAUGUUCUCAUUGACUAUGACACAAAGAGCUUCGAAAGCAUGCAGAGGCUGUGUGACAAGUACAACAGGGCCAUUGACAGCAUUCAUCAGCUAUGGAAAGGGACCACCCAGCCUAUGAAGCUAAACAAGCGUCCUUCAAAUGGGCUGCUGAGACACAUUCUACAGCAGGUGUACAACCACUCAGUGACCGACCCAGAGAAGCUGAACAACUAUGAGCCCUUCUCGCCUGAGGUGUACGGAGAGACGUCCUUUGACCUGGUGGCUCAGAUCAUUGACGAGAUGGAGAUGAUGGAAGAUGACACCUUUGUUGACCUUGGCAGUGGAGUAGGACAAGUGGUGCUGCAGGUUGCAGCAGCAACCAACUGUAAACACUACUAUGGUGUAGAGAAAGCAGACAUUCCAGCCACCUAUGCAGAGACCAUGGAUAAAGAAUUUAAGAAAUGGAUGAAAUGGUAUGGAAAAAAACACGGAGAGUACACACUUGAAAGGGGGGAUUUUCUCUCUGAAGAAUGGAAAGAAAGGAUCGCCAAUACAAGUAUUAUUUUUGUGAAUAACUUUGCAUUUGGUCCAGAGGUAGAUCACCAGCUGAAGGAACGUUUUGCUAACAUGAAGGAAGGUGGAAAAAUUGUGUCCUCCAAACCUUUUGCACCUUUAAAUUUUAGAAUUAACAGUCGAAACUUGAGUGACAUUGGCACAAUAAUGCGUGUGGUGGAGCUUUCUCCACUGAGGGGCUCUGUGUCCUGGACGGGAAAACCUGUUUCCUACUACCUGCAUACCAUAGACCGCACCAUACUUGAAAACUAUUUUGCUAGUCUAAAAAAUCCUAAACUCAGGGAGGAGCAAGAGGCAGCUAGACGGCGUUCACAAAAGGACACAAAGGACAGUAAAAGCAAUAAUACCACACCAACUAAACCGAAAGAACAAAACAAGCAGGACUCCUGUGGUGAGGAGGAACGUCUUAGUUUGGUGACUGUGGUCAAGCCAACUUCCAAACCCAGGAAAACCCGACUCUUGUCCAAAGGUCGGAAGUUAAACAACAAAAAACGUGGCCGGCCCAAAAAGGCUGCCCCAGCUGCUGAGAAGAAAAACAAGAAGAAUCAGAGUGCGCUGGACUUGCUGCACGCCAAGACCCUUUCUGCAGCACCUCCUCAGGAUGCUUACCGGCCAACUCAGAGUCCAUUCUACCAGCUACCUCCCAAGGUCCAGCACUAUCCCUUCAGUCAACUGCUGCUGGGUCCGACUCCACCUGGUCUGCAACAACUACUAGAUAACAUCAAAAUUCAAUACCUCCAGUUCAUGGGAUACAUGAAGACUCCUCAGUAUCGGUCCAACGUUCAGCAGCUUUUGGAACAGGAGAAGCAAAAACACAGGCACCUGUCAGGGCAGGCAGAGCAGCUUCUCUCUGACUGUGAAUCUCACAAGGACAGGAUCAAAGGUCUUUUUCAGACUAAACUUGAUGAGCUGGGUGUGAAAGCUUUGACCGUGGAGGAUCUGCUGCAGGCCCAAAAAGAGAUUUCAGCUCACAAUCGUCAGCUCAAAGAGCAGACUAAACAACUGGAGAGAGACAUGGCCUUGCUGAGAGAUCACAGCCUGCUGUUGUUGAAGUCUCGAUGUGAGGAGCUGAAGCUGGAUUGGGGUUCUCUCUGUUUGGAUAAUCUGUUGAAGGAGAAGGAUGCUCUACGCAGACAAAUCUCUGAGAAGCAGAGACACUGCUUAGAGCUGCAGAUCAGCAUUGUGGAGCUAGAGAAAAGUCAAAGGCAGCAUGAGUUGCUUCAGCUCAAGUCCUACAGUCCCUGUGAUGGCUCCCCAUACAGAAAGAACCUCGACUCCCGCUCCUCUGCAGACAUGGACUCUUCCAAGCUCGGUCUGUCCUCAGCCCCGGUCCUUAAUGGCAUCAGUCCAGAGCUUUCAUUAAAUGGUACAGGUUCACCAUGUUUUGAUCGGGUCACCACCAAGGCUGAGCUUAUUUCUCGCUACCUGCCCAUCUCUCCUGACCAUGAGACCCUUCCUGCUACCCCUGAGACUCGGCAGAGGCAGCAAAUCUCUUCUCACAUGCUUCCUGACUACACACGGUUCUCCCCCGCAAAAAUUGCUCUACGUAGGCACCUUAACCAGGAUCCCACCGCCUCAUCUCAUUUUCGGGGUCCAGGACUGACCACUCAAAGGGAUAAUGGAGGAGUUAAUUCUCUACUUGGAGCCAAACAGAAUUGCCUCUCUCCCAACACAGCUGAUUCACAGAAAUGUUCAGAAAGGAGUGGUAAAGAGAGAAGUCCAUCUGUUCAGGGCGACAAUAGUAUUACUAGUCUGCCAAUAAGCAUUCCCUUGAGCACUGUCCACCCCAGUAAACUACCGGUCAGCAUCCCACUGGCCAGCGUGGUGCUACCUAAUCGAGCUGAGAAACUGAGGAGCACUCCUAGUCCCGUCUCUCAGACAGGCCAGACCAAUGGAUACUUGUCCAACUCGGGGCUAAUGAAUGGGGUUCUCCACCCUGAGGACCAUAAUGGUGCUUCUUCAUCACCUCUUCCACACAACAACACUUCAAUGAGUGGACCAUCAGUUCGUGGAGGUUCCAUUCAGAGCCCGCCUCUCAGUACCGGAGGGGUGCUUCAGUAUGCAGACGGACCACCAAGAAUUCUUCCAGAGGAUGGACAAGACCGCCCUGUGGGUGAAUGUGACAAUGACCCUCAAGACGGUGAAAUGGGGAGAAGAAUCUUCUUCUCAUCGUCCUCCUCGUCCUCCUCCUCGUCUUCCUCUUCGUCGGGCAGUGGAGGCAGCUCAGCUGGAGGAUCGCGCCUUCACCAUCACACUGGCAACUCAGCCAAGCAGGGAUACCACAGUAACCAUGGAAACCACCACCACCACCACCACCACCACCAUCAUCACCAGUCCCCCGGCACACAGCACCCACACACGCCAACACACACUUCAUCAUCACAUACCUCACACGUCCUUGGCUCCCAAGAUGGGCGCAAGAGGGGAAGAAGGAAACGCAGCUCAGCAGGGGCUGUUGCAGCCAACAGCUCUCCAAAGAGGAGGUCAUUUCCUGGGCUCAGCUCCACCAACCACUCCUCAGGAUCACCACUCAACAUUAACUCUAUGGUGAGACAACACCAGUAUCUGCAUGUGAACAACAUCAACCAGCCUUUGGAGAUCUCAGCUAUCUCCUCACCAGAACAAUCUAGUCGUAGCCCAUGUGGUCCUGAUCUGGAUCAGCCUCCUAUCUUAAAGAGAGAGCGCCCGUUGGAGCUCAAUGGAACAGGUCGUUACUCCUCAGCCCCCAGUUCUGAUGAAGAGGACUCGGGAUACCCCGCUGACAGCUCUAGUUCACGAAUUGAAAGAAAAAUUGCCACUAUAUCCUUGGAAAGCAGAGAUGGGCCUGGUAGAUUAGGAGAUGGUGAAAGAGGUAGAAAAUCUGGAAGCAGCAGUGGAAACAGCACAGCUAGUGAGGCAUGCUCUUCGUCCUCCACCAGCAAAUGGAAAGCUACCUUUUCACCUAUUUCUGACCCUAAGCAACCCAACUCCGAUCUGAGACAGGUCGGCUCUCCUUUCGGCAUGGGGGGGUCAAGCCGAGGGACGGACUCAGACUCUGACCACAAACAGCAGCAGCACGUGAGAAGAGGAAGUGAUGGAGAGUCAUCGAGCUACAUCACCCCAAACCCCUUCCUCAGUCAGGAGAUGAUGGCCCGAGGUGGUGGCAGCAGCGGUGGUGCUGGAGCUCAGGGAAGCAGCAACAGCAGCUCCGACCAGCGCCAGUCCCAUCAGAAGCAGAAGAUGACACGGGACUGGGAUCUGAAGACCAGCAGUCAGAACCUCUUCAUCUCUGCUGCUGCUAGCAGCGGAGUGGGGAUUCUGAGUGGGAAGGUCGGGGCCAGUCCUGUAGCAGUUUCAUCAAGCACAGGCUCUUCUGUGGGACAGUACUUGGGCUCUCAAUUCCCACUGGGAGGGACGUCCGUCUUACAGCCCCUUUUUGGAACCCAAACAGGAGGACCCUCUGUGACCAGCACCUCAAGGCUGGUCAACGGUCACUCCGCUCUGGGAAGCUUCUCCAAUGCUGGUCUGGCAGGUGGGGCAGCCGGAGGUAUAUUUCACCACGUGGUCGCCUCAGGGUCCUCCCAUCAGUUUGGGGCAACAUUGCCAGCUCCGGGAGGCCUCAGUUCUCUCCUCAGUCUCUCCUCCUCCUCCUCCUCUUCUACUUCCUCCCAAACUCAGCAGCACACCUCCUCCCAGCCAGCCUCCACACGCCUGGCUUCCGUGUCCUCUUCUCUCCCACUCUCCCAGGCUCAGCACAGCCGCACCCAGACGGUCCUGCACAGCGCCUCUCCUCCAACUCUCUCCUUGCCCCCUCCUCCCCCUCUGCACAGUGCUCCCUCCACCACAGCAGCCACACAUCCUGACACCCCAUCAUCCACCCGAUCAGACUCCCUCCAUUCCUCUCGUCAGUCUAAUUUCUCUCACCAUCAGCAGAGGGCGCAGUCAUCUGUCUCACUCACCAACUCCACCUCUGCCUCCUCCUCUGCUUCUGUGUGCGCUGCUGCUACCUCUUCCUCCUCUAUGUCAGCCGCCUCCUCUUCUCGUCCGUUUGCAGUGCACUACUCUCCUCGUAUGCCCCCUCCUCCACCCGUUACCAGCCCAGGUGGCGGUGGGAGCAUGUGGAGGACUCCUGGCAUGCAUGCCUCCUACAUCACCUCCCAGCUCCCCAGUUCCAGACCUAGAUAGGGUUUGCCUGAGGGGUUGGAGGAUGGUGUGGGAGAGGGUAUGUACAAGGGCAAUCAGAAGGUGGACAGAGGGAGGGAGAGAAAUAGAGAGAGUCUGGUAGGGAGUGAGAGAGAGACUGUUUUCUCUGUGCUCUUAUGAGCUGUUGUUCUGUUUAAACAAGGUAAGAGUUUCUUAUUUUAACUAUUAGAACCCUGCUGUCAUUAAGACGCACUUUGACCUUUGAGUGAAUCCAUUCAUAAGUCUAUUCUUUCUCUGUACUUUUCCAGGUAACUGACGAUAACUACCUCAACAUGAAAUAAACUAUGCAAACGUCCGGAUGUGGACCAAGGCACUGUCCUCUGUCACUGGUGCUUCAAAUGUCUGCACUUUCCAACUGCCUCCAGGACCGGCCUCUGUACUGAGAUCUCACACAGACACACACACACACCCACACCCACACACAAGUAGUACCGGCCAUUCUUAUGUAAAGAGCGUUGUUAAAUAAUAAUGUUUGAUGGUUUUUACAUAAAGCAGAACAGUUCUGGCUGCUGCCCAGCACUGAGUGAACUGCAGUCUACUUUAAUAUUAAGGUGCUCAAUAGUGUGAUAGUUUAUUACUUGUUUUGGUCAAUAUUACAGCAACUGAUUUUCUGUCAAAUAAUCAUUUAAAAGGUAAAUGUUUUACAACAACAGUCCGACCUUCUUUGCUGAAUUUCAUCAGCUGUCACCAAACCUCCUGGUCUGAUGUCAUGUGACUUCUCUCAACGUACAUGUCUCUAAUUGCCUGUUUAUUUACUAGAAUUCAGUUUUGGUUGCAGCAUAUGAAAUGAGGAACCUAAUCAUCUAUUUCCACACUGUAUACUAAUGUUAUUGAGGCUCA